CCAAACCGGCGCCGACGAGCCCCAGCGCCCAAUGGCGGCGGCCUUCCUCGACCUGGAGGCCCGCGUGACAUGAUCCCUGGCCCUCCGAGGAAGGGAAUAUCCGCGCGCGCGCGCACCCCCGCCCCACACCCCAGCCAGAGCCCGCCCACACAGCCCCCAAUCCUCGCCUUCCCCACCGCAAAUCCUUCUCGACUCGUCCGUCUCUCCUCCACCGCCUCGCGCGCCGCCCGGCAGGCGGCCGCAAUCGGCUGCUCGUGCUCGCGUGGCCCCGGAUCGCCGCCAGGAAGUGACUAAUUGGUGGUGCGCAUAGGACUUGCUGGAUUUCAGUUGUCUGAUAUACUCAGGACUCAGUGCUGAUCAAGUGAACCUAUUCGCUUCAACUUGGUUUCAGUCUCACACAAGUAUGGCGCCCUCUGCUGCAGUCCCGGGCGGUUCUGAGGCUGAGGGGGCACCACGCAUGGCCAAGUUCCUCUGCAGCUUUGGAGGCAGUAUCCUUCCCCGACCACUCGAUGGCUGUCUUCGAUAUGUUGGUGGUGAGACAAGGAUUGUCAUGUUGCCGCGUGACAUAUCAUAUGCCGACCUAGCUGCACGGAUGAGAGAGCUCUAUAAGGAUGCUGAUAUCAUCAAGUACCAGCAACCUGAUGAGGAUCUGGAUGCGCUGGUCUCGGUUGUGAACGACGAUGAUGUGGUGAACAUGAUGGAGGAGUAUGACAAGGUCAUUGCCACUGGGGAGGCCUUCACUCGGCUCAGGAUCUUCUUAUUUUCUCAGCAUUUGGAUGAUGAUGCUGCAUCAGUGGCUGUGCAUUACAAUGUAGACGAGCGGGAAACAGAGAGGAGGUAUGUAGAUGCGCUCAACAGCCUUGGUGAUGUUAAGUCACCUUCCUCCCCUGUAUCUGUGGAGCAGCUUUUUGGCAUUGGAGGCAAUGAUUCAGGAAUUCCAGAUUUUGCUGGCUUGAGACAUUUGAAUGUCCCUCGUCCAUCACAUAGUCAGAGGUAUGGAGAGAUGGAUUCCCCUUGGAGCCCUGCAUAUGUCUCGCCUGGCCAGUACGGAGUGCAUGACCCAAGGGAUUUUCCAAUUUCACCAUCAUCUGCAAGGUUCCAAGUAGGAGCGGAGGAUUUUGAUGAGAGGAUUCCUGACGACUUUGUAAGGCAGUCACCAAAAUAUCGGCAUUAUGAGGCCCAGUCACCAUCACAUGUGGAUAAUUUAGUCUGGCUUCCACCUGGUGCUAUAAUUCAGCAAAAUGCAGGCUUUCCCGGUAAUUUGAGCCGGUCCAACAAUUUCUUGGAUGGGAACAGCGGAUGUGAUCACUGCCGUUCACCAUUCCAGAAGGGUCAAGGUUCAGUGAGUGAUCCUAUCUAUAUGAACCCUCGUUGGACUCGGCCAGUCCAACAACAUUUUGACCAAGCAAGCAUGAUUAGUGAUUAUCCAAGUCACCAUGCUAGUUCUUGUUCAGAUUACUGCCGCCCUGGUGAGCAUUAUGUGGGAGGUCAAGAUGUUAGAUUGGAAAAUGGUGUUUAUGUUAAAGAGCAAAAUGGUGGCCAUCCUCCCAUGUUUUAUAAUGAGUCACAUCCUCAUGAUAGAGUCUGGCAUGCACAUACCAACCAAAGUCAUCAGCGGUAUGAGGAUCCAAGGCUGCAUCAUCCUGCUAAUGGUAGAGUGAUUGAACCAUACAUUGUCGAUGGCAACUCUGUCAAUUCAGCAUUUGCACCAAACAAAGUAUAUGAAAUGCAUUCAGCAUCUCUUGGUCGUUCUAGUCAUGAAAGUCCUCACCAUUUUCAUGGUACCAGUGAGCUCAUAAAUGACACGUACCACAACCAACAAGUUGGAGGCAGUGGGUCGUAUGUGCAACCAGCAGGGUUUGAAGAAUCCUCUGGGCAGCAUUACAACCACUCUUCGGCCUAUGGUGCAGAUUCCUUUUACCAAAUGCAGCAGAAUUUGCCACCGAUUCAGUCCCUGAGGAGGAGAGCGAACAGCCCUGUUCACACUGCCUCACCAUAUGAUUCCCCACACCUGCCAAUGCCAAAUGGGAGCAUUAGCACAAACUUUGUUAGAAAUACAGGUGAUGUUAGUCCCAGGAUACCAGGUCUACCUGGAUAUGAUCGGAUGCCAAACCCAUGGACUCCUCCCAAUGGCAACAUACCAUAUAGAGUUGUUGGACAUGAUGUUCCUUCUGCCAUGGAAAACACUAGUGCUUUUGCACCUAGGUCUAAUCCAACUGCUGCUCAGUAUGUUCAGCCUUUUAUUGCUCCUGAAUCAAUCCAGCAUCAACCUGGAGGUCCAUUGAUUCAUCCUGAAAGAGCAUACCCUGAACCCAUGCCGGCAUCAUAUGCUGAUAGCAAAGUAGCUGUUUCUGCAUUGCCCCUCACUGAUCAAUUAUCCAGGUUGGAUGCAAACACAAUGAAGAAACUUGAAGGUCCAGAUGAUAACUCUACUCGAAAUGUGAAUGAAACAACUCCUUUGCAUGCUGUGAAUGAACCAAGUACCUUACCCCACCAUGUUGGAGCUGUGCAUGAAGUCAGUCCUAAGCAGAAGCCAACCGAACAUGAAAGCAGGCAAAAGCAACAUGAAGCUGGGGCUACAGCACUGCAGGAAUGUGGGGAUAUUUCAGAGGAUAGGUUGAAUUUCCUUCCUGAAUUAAUUGCCUCUGUUAAAAAGGCAGCACUGGAAGAUGCUGCUGAGACACAAAUAGUCCAAUCAGAUGCUAAUGCUGCUGUUUCACCUGUUCCUGAUGAUGACGAUAAUGGAAAGAAGUUGGAUGAGGCAACUGCUGUUAAUACAGAUGCAAAUCAGGACCCUGAUUUGCAAGGAAGCCUUGAUCGGCAGAAGAGCUCCAAGAUUGAGUCCACAACUGCUGAAGCUGAAGCUUUGUCAAAAGGACUACAGACUAUACAAAAUGAUGAUUUGGAGGAAAUUAGAGAGCUGGGUUCAGGUACUUAUGGUGCGGUCUAUCAUGGUAAAUGGAGGGGAUGUGAUGUUGCUAUUAAAAGAAUAAAAGCAAGUUGCUUUGAUGGAAGACCAUCUGAGAGAGAGCGUUUGAUUGCGGAUUUCUGGAAAGAAGCUCUGAUCCUAAGCUCACUUCAUCAUCCAAAUGUGGUUUCAUUUUAUGGUGUAGUUCGUGAUGGUCCGGAUGGAAGCUUAGCAACUGUUACUGAGUUUAUGGUCAAUGGGUCUCUCAAACAGUUCCUGAGGAAAAAAGACAGGACAAUAGAUCGCCGGAAGAGAGUAAUAUUAGCCAUGGAUGCUGCAUUUGGCAUGGAGUAUUUGCACGGGAAGAAUAUAGUCCAUUUUGACCUGAAGUGUGAGAAUCUACUAGUGAACAUGAGGGAUCCGCAGCGACCAAUCUGCAAGAUCGGUGAUCUCGGACUAUCAAAGGUUAAACAACAUACUUUGGUAUCUGGUGGUGUCAGAGGAACCUUACCAUGGAUGGCACCAGAGCUUCUGAGUGGGAAAAGUAAUAUGGUGUCAGAGAAGAUCGACGUCUAUUCGUUUGGAAUUGUCAUGUGGGAGCUGCUUACUGGGGAUGAGCCAUACUCUGAUAUGCGUGCUGCUGAAAUUAUUGGGGGCAUUGUAAACGAUUCCCUACGUCCUCAAAUCCCUUCGUGGUGUGAUCCUGAGUGGAAGGGGUUGAUGGAAAGCUGUUGGUCCAGUGAUCCAGCUGAGAGACCGUCCUUCACUGAUAUAUCUCAAAGGUUGAGGAAAAUGGCCGCUGCAAUGAAUGUGAAGUAAAGGUUUGGAAGCCAUAAAUGGAUCAUGUAAGUGUUCCCACAUCCAAUAUAGUGAUUACAAGAGGAAGGCAGAGUUCAAACUGGAUUAUGAGUAUGUUUCAAAUGUCUUGGCAGCAUCUCAGUUUACCCUACUCCAAGUGAUUAUUUAUCAAGUGCUUACUUCAUGGAAGAAAAAGAUAUUUUUUUUUAAUCCUGCAGUAAACCGGCUAUCAAAUGCCUUCGGUCGAAAACAAGUAUGCUAUAUAGCGUAUUGUCUUGAUGGGAACUGUUGGACUGUAAUUGUAAAUAAGUUUUGACUUGCUUCAUCUUGCUGGCACGUAUUAGAUGUGCAAAGUAAUAGGCACGAUCAAAGCUGGACACAGUUAUCCUUUUUCCCCAUACAAAUUGUGUCCUAGGAGAGAUGGAUCGAACACGACUAGAGCUAUCCUUGUUCAGAUUGUACAUAGUCUAAAAAUAAUAGUAUAAUACUGUUUCCCUGUAUAUAUCACCACUUCCUAUUUGAAUGACCAUAUGUUUGCAUCGUCCUUGUUUCA